AUGUUAAAUACACUUAUGACUAAUUCUCAAGUUCAAGAUUAUUAUUUAUUUCCAACUGUUGGCAAUGGAAUAACAGCAACAACCAUAACAACGAUUACUGGAUUACCGAUCACACCUGGAGAAUCAACUGCAGUAGCCACAGGAACAACAACAACCUCUACAACAACACUAUUCCCACCAACAACUUCAUCAACAUCACCAAAAUCAUCAUUAAUUAUUGCAUCAUCAUCAUCAUCAACAACUUUAUCUUCAUCCAUAUCAAGUAAAGAAAGUGAGAAUAAUUCUGCCUUAUUCCAUUGUUCAAUGAAAUCUCCUGAAGAAAACUUUAUUAACCAUUAUGAUAAUCGCCAUUGCAAUGAAUUAUUAUUCUUAUUAUCCUCAUCAUCACCACCACCACCGAAUUCAAUGAAAUCAUUUGAUACAAUAUCCUGUAAUGCAUAUAAUGAAGAUGAGAAUGAUAUUCAUGAAGAAGUUAGAAUUUUCCACGAUGAUGAUUCUAAUAUUACUACUGAUAAAGAGACUAGUAGUUGUGGAGCUGUUGCGAUUGUUGGCAAAGAAAUAUCUUUAGGCGCUGGAAGGAAAGAUUCCCCUAAUUCACUGUCUCCUACUAUCGAUUCUUCAUGUCUAUUAUCUUCAUCACCAUCAACCUCUUCUGUACUGCUAACACCUUUACACAUAUCUAAAGAGUCAUUUUCACUUGGAGCAUUAUGUAAUGAACAACAGACGAAGAAAGAGGAGGAGAAAUCGUUUGAAGUUAAUGGGAUUUAUUGUCCUACAACAACUGAUGAAAGCUCUACACAUUCAUCAUCAAUAUCAACUGUGUCACUUCAGCACCACCACCAACAACAACACAUCCAAAAUCAACGUGAUCGCUCUUUAAAAGAAAAUUAUUAUACAACUCCUCAACAAGACAGCUGUCAAAAUCAAUUAAUUCAGAGAAAAGAUAAAUCAAGCAAUCAAGAAAUAACCAAAGCCUUAUCAUCAUCAUCAUCAAAUGAUUGUAAUCGGAAAAUAAAUAAUAAAGUUAAAGUCGUUACACAUAAACAGGCGAAUUUAAAACAAAAUUCAAUAAAUAAUGAUCAGGGUAAACAGUCAUGGAAUAAUAAUAUUGUCUGCAGAAAGGCAAGUGAUAAACAUCAGGUUGUUACGACUGAAAAAAAAGAUGAUGAUAAUAAUCAAAUGAUACAUUGUGGUGAUGAUGAAAAUUUACACCGACGUAAGACACUACGUAAACAACAAAGUCAUUGUCGUUCGAUGAGUAGUCCAAAGAUAUGUAAAAGAACAGAAGUCAUCCAAUCAGGUGGUGACACACAUGGUGUCGGUGAUGGCGUCCAAGAUGGAACAACAGCAAAUUCAUUAUGUCGUGUUAAUAAUACCAAGAUACUGCAUACUUCUACAUGUAAUUCAGUUAGUCAACCACAUCGUACUAAAACUCCAGUCCCUGUACCGUCGUCGUGUUGUCGUAAUAAUGAACAAAAGCCUGAAAAAAGCAAUUUAUUAUUAUUUUCAUCGUCAACAACAUCAUCCUCAUCGUUUAUGAAAGACAGAAGGGUGAUAUCUAAAGCAGCUGAUGAAAAACGUUCUGCUAUAAAACAAGCUCAUCUACUGGCUUCUGAAGAAGCAGUCAUACUAGCUAGACAUAAAGCAUCUGAGCGUAGAGAAGCUAAGCUAAUGGAAAUACGUCAACGUUUAAAAGUUAGACAUGAACAAGUUGAAGCAAGGCGGAAAGCUAUUGAAAUGGCUGAACAGCAACGUCUUCAUCAACUGGCUAAACAACUUCAUUGUGAUCAUUAUUAUCAUUAUCAUCAUACGCAUGCUCACACGCAUCAUUCACAUGCUUCACAACUCCCUCAACAGCAACAACAACAACAAUCCAAUAAAUCAACAUUUCAUAAUCGACCAGAAUCAUCUUUAAGUCAACGUAAAACCAUUUACAAUCAUAGUACAAAAGUAUUACCACCCCCACCAACACAAACAACAACAACAAUGGCGACAACGACGGCGACGGCGACGAUAACACCGUCGACUGCAGUAAUGACACAGUCAACAAUAACAACAACAGCAACCAAUUCAUUUCCAAUUGGUUUUGGCUCUAGUACACCAAGAUAUGUAUGUUAUACAAGUAAAGAAAUCAUGGAUUUAAAGCAUAUUGGUGAAACAGGUCUAGUCAUGAUGACAAUGAUGAAUACAAAUAAUAAUAGAAAUAAAUAUUACUGGCACUAUUAUCAUUCAAAGUCAACCAUGCCAUCAGAAAAGAAUAAACAACGUGUGAGGGGAUCGCAUUUAUCAAAGUUUAAUUGUAGACAUCCAUACUCAGCAGUUAGUGGUGCUGGUGGCGGUAGUAGUAGAGGUGUUGGCGGUGGUGUUGGUGAUGGAAACGUGAAGAGUCGACAGCGGAAUUCCUACUGUUCAACAACUCGUUUAGAUAAACGAUUAACUAGAUCUGCAUAUCAACAUACUACUAGCAAUCAUCAUACUACGGCUACUAACACUACUAAUACAAUAAGUAAUCCUAGUAGUAUCUAUGAUUGGAAUAGUUUAUCCUUUCGCAUUGGUAAUUAUCCUCAGAUCGAUAAUGAUAAUGAUGAUGAUAGAACAUCAAUCGAUAGUGGUCAAUUAACAAAUCAAACAGAUCAAUCAAUUGAAAAUAUAUUUCUACCUAGUGAUGCUGUUCCUGCAUAUCGUACAAAUCGUAGUCGCACUUUUACUGCACCUACUACUGUCCCUGUUUCUGUUGCUGCUAAUACUGCCACUGGUGUCAUUACCAAUAGUCAACAUUUGGGUGAUUCAAUUCAUUCAGAUAUUUCAUAUUCACUUAAUACCGACUCAUCAUUUGCAUCACAGAAAAUUUACACAAAUGCUAGAAAACUGAAUAAAGUUAAUAAGGUUAUACAUACAAAUUUGCCGAAUAACAAGCAAUUACCAAUAUCAACAAAUUCUUCAAAAUAUCAAAAAUCUACAAAACAGUCAUCGAAUAAUAGAAGACGUUCAAUGUCCUUAGCAUCAUCAAAUUCAUUAUUUACGAUGACGACAACGCAUAAAUCAAGACAAUCAUCAGCAGCAGCAUUAUAUGAAAACAAGACCAGCAGGAGACAUAAUUCAUCACAGAAAUCUGUUGCCCCUACUUCUACUACUACUACUACUACGACUACUACUAAUACUAUUGCCAAUCCUAUUCGUAGAAAACAUACUUCCAUGGAUUGUAAAAGACCAAAUCAUCGAAACAAUAUUGAUAAAGUUAGGAAUUAUCAGAGACAGAAAUCAGCAACAACAAUUAGCAGUCAAACACCAACAACGACUAGUAUAAAGCAUAGACCAAUAAGCACUUCAAAUAUUAGUAGUAGUAAUAUAAACAGAGAGAAGUCAGCAAGUAAGAAAGCGGCUGUUUCCACAAAGGUGGUAAAAUCAACAGGAACAACAAUAACCACUACUCAUUCUACUACUCAAGAAGAAUGUGUGAAUUCAAAGCCUCUUCUAUCAGUAGGCGAUAAUCAUUAUGAAAUGGUCGUCAAUCCUUUCAUUGAAGAAAUUAUUCAAAAUUCUAUCAAUUCAAUAAAUUCAAAAACAUCAACUCAGUUAACCAGCAAUACACAACAAUAUAAUAAAAUUGUAAAUAGAAAGGAUAGGCUGAAAUUACCAUUAUCAACUAACACCACUACAACUACUACUCCUUCGCCUACGACAACCACCACUUCGGUUGUUUCUAAAAAAUCCUCAUCAAUGUCUCCAUCGCCAUCAUCAGUAUCAUCGUCGUCAGUUCUUUACUCAACCUCAUCAUUAUCAACGAACACAAUAAUCCCCGAUAAUAACAAUAGACCCACAAUGAUAAAUACAGCUGUCUAUACAAGUCCUAAUGAUACUUCAUCAUCUAUAACGCUUAAAACACAAUCUACUAGUCUUGCGAAUUCAAUGUCAACAUCCUCACCAUCCUCAGUGACAUCAUCCCCAUUAUCCCGCAUACCAGAAGUACAAAAACUCUCAGUAAUAACAACAAUAUCAACAACAUUGAAACCAACAGUCACUUGUUCAUCGUCACCUCUGUUAACUAUUUCAUAUGAUCCAAUAAUAACUGAAAGUGUACAGUUGAAUAAUGAUUUUAUGUUGUAUGAACAACCGAUAAUUAUAUAUCCGAAUGAGAAUUAUUCUCAAUGUGAAGUGAAUCAACCUAUAAUGGUGACGAAUAGUACCAGUAGAAGUACUACAUUGUUAACAAAUGAUGAAAUAAAACAAGAUGUGCUAAUUAAACAAUCAUUUUAUGAUAUACAAUCACAAGUAAAUCAUAGAACAAGUCAAAGCGGUGGAGAUGAUGAAGUUGACGGAAAACUUCAAUCUCAGAGUUAUCAAGUGAGCCUAGUCAAGGAUACAUAUGAUAAACCUAUUCAAAUAGUACAUCCAUUACAUAAUAAUAUUACAAAACAGUUAAAUCAAGAUGAUACUACCACCACUAGUACUACUACUACUAUUAUGCAACAAUCUGGUGGUCGAUUAAUCAUUUCAUUAUCAACAGAAUUAGCUGAAAGAGAAGCACGUAAAAAACGCUUAGAAGGGAUUAUGUCACGUAUAAAAUUACACACUAAAAAUACAAGUAUUGAAAGGCAACAAUCCCAACCACAACCACAACCCCAACCGCAACAUCAACAACAACAACAACAACAGCUCGUCGAUACACAAACAAAACAAGCAGACUAUAAUCCACAACUUCUAUCGAGUAAACAAAAAGCAUCGGAGGUGCAUCGACGACAACUACAAGACGAAGAAGAAGCAAAAGUUAAAGAGACGACGCCUAAUCUUACCUUCAUGAGAUGUUCUUCUACAAUUGAAACAUUAUUAAAUCAAAGGAAAUCCUCAACAUCAUCAAGUGAUAUAUAUAAUUCUCAGGAGAAUAAAACAAAUUUAUUGAAAGCGUCGAAUUCAACAAAUAAUAUAAAUCAUAUAGCAGAUGAACAAUUAAAUCAUCACCAAAAUAAGAGUACAGAUCAAUUGGUAAAUUUAACUAGAUCCGCAUAUCAAUCGAAUGUUCACAAUGAUGAUGAUCAUGAUCAUGAUGGGAAUGAUGAUCACGAUGAUGGGAAAACACGGAUGAGACGAGAUCGUGCUAGUAUUGUAGCUAAUAUGUUAGCCUCUGGACGAUUGGAUAGAAAAAGUCGGGCAGCUGAAAUAUUGAUUACAAUGUUAUCUAAAAAACAAUUAAAUUCCACUGAAAUUAAUAAUAAUAAUGAUAAUAAUGAUCAAUAAAAUUACAAUGAAUAAUACUAAUUGACCGAUAAAAUUUAUCAAUUCAAAAUAAAACAAAACUGAAUCCUUGAAAGAUGAAAUCUAACUUACUUUCUGCAUACAUCUGUGUGUGUAUACCUACCGUUAACAUCUACACAUGCAUUGACUAUAAUGCUAUAAGAGCACUAGGAAUCGAACAAUGGGUACAUACAUACGCACACCCUACCCUACGUACUACCACCCUAGUCAACAACUUAAGUGUCUCCAUGAAAUAACAAUAAUGCUAGAAGUAAAAAAAUAUAUGCCACACACACACACACACACACAUUAUCCUAAUUACAUUAUUAUUAUUAUUACUAUUAUCAUUAAAUACAUUAUUUAAAGAGGCCAGACUAGUAUGCUACACACACAUCCACAGACGCCCAGAGUAUACAUAUGUCCCCGUAAAACCAAAAACAUUGAUUAUGUAAUGUGUAGAAAAAAGAGCGAAAAAUUGACGACAUCAUUCAAAAGUAAACCCACUUAAAUUGUACAAAAUUAAUUUUUUUUGUUUUUCUUUUCUUUUUAAAUUCUGUAUUUUUAUUAAAAAUAAGCCAAACGAAACAAAACAAAAGAAAAAAUAAGAAUUUAAUUUUCACUGUAACCCCAUAACAACGAGGUCAAGAACAAUAAACAAUAAACCCAUAAUACACACUAACAACACAUAAAACUUUUGUUUGCUUUUAAUACAAUCAUUCACUCACUCACUCAAUGAUUUUAUAAAUCAUUGAAAAUUUUCUUUAUUGUAUUUAAUUAUUAUUAUUAAAUUAAUCUCAUUACUACUGGGAUUAUUAUCCCUAUUAUUAUUAUUAUUACCACUGUUACCAUUAUUUGAGUU